GUUUUUUUUUUUUUGCUUAGCCACUUGAGCUACCUCCUUCAAGAAUUUGAGCCGACAGAGUAGCAGAUAUUUUGCGAGGCUAGGUUGUGUGCUCUUUAAUCUUUAUUCCAAGACAGGUAAAAAAAAAUAUGUCAUGUAUUGUGAAGGUGAGACACGGCAAUCUAUUCCAGGGAUUGUCAGGCUGUCUUGUCGAGGGCUCACCAAAGCCAAGCGUUCUGGAUCUUUGCUCUGAGACCACCGUUUAUUGCUCUCCGCAGUACUGCUCAUGCGUCCAAACGAUUCAGUGCGAGGAGAUGCUGUUCGGACUUCGGUGAUGAGUCUUUGGAAGAGACGGGCUUAUACGUUAUUACACUGAUUUCCGUCGAAAAGACCGACGGUUACUUGGAGAAUCGCCUCUUGGCUGUUACAUGUUAAAUAUCGUUAUCGUUGAAGGUUUAUAAUAACUGUAAUGUUACGACAUACGAACUUGUGGUGGUUAUCCACUAAAACAUGUAAUUUUAUGUAAUCUUAUUUGCGUAUGACUAGCCUACAUCAGCCACACGUUCAUAACAUCUGGAUCUCGGGAUAAUUGGAUCUUCUCUCAUGUGCCCCUCCUUCGCUCCCGCAUGUGAAGGUGCAUGUUUUAGAUGGACGACUGGCAGUGAUGUGUUGUGGAUGAAAUAGAUUCGCGCCCUAUGUUAUUUGCCUUUGGUCUGGAAAUGGCGUGAUCCGUAUCAACGCAACCAGGAGGACAAAAUAACACCAUGGAUCCCCCCAAUUGAUGGCCCUUGUUGUUUGCAAAAAGAAUAAAGUCUGAGCAGAGCGCUAAUGAUGUCUUUUCCACACACGUUAGGCAAGUGCGUGACAGGCAUAUCAUUCUCAAUGAGUGCCUGUGUUGGCUGGGUUCUCUGUUUCUCCCUGCUUCUGCUGCAGUUGUUAGGGACAGAGGGCUCGCCUUUGAACUGCCACACCACCUGCAUAUGUGCCAGUAAUGUUGUCAGUUGCUCCAAAAUGUACUUGACCACGGUCCCUACUGCUCUGCCUCUAUACACAGCAGUGUUGGACUUGAGCUAUAAUAACAUCACCAAGUUGCGUGCAGAGUGGACGCCAGUCAAGCUGCCCAGACUGCGCAACCUUUUGCUAGCGCACAAUGGACUUCACUUCCUGUCGUCUGAAGCUUUCGCACACAUCACUCAGCUCCGCUACCUUGACCUGUCCUCCAAUGAUCUGGAACAACUAAAUGAGUACAUCUUCGAGCCGCUGGUACACCUGGAGGUGCUGCUGCUCUACAACAACCGCAUUUCAUCGAUUGACCGCACUGCCUUCACUGGUCUCAACAAUCUGCAGAAACUGUACCUGAGUCAAAACCACAUCUCACGAUUUCCACUGGAGCUGAUCAAAGACAAGACUCGGCUUGAGAAGCUCAGCUUGUUUGACAUGUCUUCCAAUAAGGUCAAAGUUCUGCUAAUCCAGGAGCUUCAGAACCUGCCAGGCUGGAUAAAGAAUGGUCUUUACUUCCACAAAAACCCACUCGUAUGUGAUUGCGACCUCUACAGCUUGCUGACUCAUUGGUACAUUCGAAAGUUUAGUUCAGCCUACGACUUUAGGGAUGAUUACACUUGUGUGUUAUCAGGCACGGAGAAGAGAACCGUAGCCGCUUUUGAGCUGAAUACCCACCUGAACUGCAGCACAUUUAAGGAGGAGGAUGAGGAGACCUACUUGGACGAGACGGUCCUCCUCAGCUGUGACACACGGCAUCGAAACAUGACAAAGACCUGGACGAUGCCCAGCAAUGUGCCAGUGACUCCGAAUAGCAACCAGAGCGCAACGGUCCUACCAGACGGCAAGCUCCAGCUUAGUUCCUUGCGACCGGAGGACUCAGGAGUGUACACCUGCUUUGCCGUGAGUGAAGCCCUCAACGAAACCUUGUACGUGGUGGUGAAAGUGCACAACUUCACCGUCGACGGCAACAGUGACACACUCAACACGGCCUACACCACUCUCGUGGGCUGCCUGGCCAGCGUGGUGCUCGUCCUCAUCUACCUGUACCUCACCCCCUGCCGUUGCUUCUGCUGCCCCGACCACAACAAAGACCCCAAGGAUCUCCAGGGGCAGAAUGGCAAGCUCAACCCCAACGGCGAGGAGGACGUGGAUGAAGAUGGCCUCCAAGGGGAAGCGCACAGGAAGAAAUCCGUCGCAGAGUCCAUCAGCUCUGUUUUCUCAGACACUCCAAUUGUGGUCUGAUAAUGGGACAAUCCACACUGGGCUGUGCCUAUCCCAAUUAGAUAGCUGUUGGGAAGAGGUCAAUCCAGUGGUUGCCGAACUCAUACUGUGACCUGUAAAAUAAGAGGAAUUGACAUCCACACGGCCACUGUCAGCUUUUGGCUGAUAGGGGGCUGUGUACCCGUACCAUUAAUCUCGUAUCAUUGUUGACAAGACAAUAUAGAAAGCCUUUCCAGCAUUGCAAUCUGUAGCACUUAAGUAUAUACUGUGAAAAGGCUGGGCAGCAUACAUUAAUACUAUGUGGUUAUGUGAGAAAAAAAGAAGGUGUCGUUAGUAGGAAACAUUAGGUCCUUGGGAGACUGAGACAUGGUCACAUAACACUGGAAACGAAUAGAUGAUAUUAAUUAGCUGACUGAGAAAAAACAGACAUGUAAUUCUGUCACGAGCAUGAGCCUUGCAGAGUAAUAUUUAUAUUGAAAAGGUAUAGCCUAGAAUGAGUUCUCAGUAGAUGUUAGUACAUGUGUGUGUAUUCCCCCAACCGCUAUCAGACCAGCCUCACUGCAUUUGUAGAGUCCUUGUCAAUGAGUCAUUUCUAGAGGAGUGGCAUGUCAUAAACAAACAUCACAUGAAGUCUUGUGUCUGUCUACGAGCAGAGCAAUAGGAAACCGACCUAAUAGUAUCUUAUUAAGUGAGCUGUCCAGAAAUAGUAGUUUCUAAGACAAGCAAAAGUGUGUGCUUGUAGAAAGUGCAUUGCAGUUUUUUUUUUCAAGUACAUUCUGUUUGAACUGCUCAACCUGAAUCUGACCAAUGCAAUAGUACAGUUACUUUUAAGUGUUCAUGUACGACCUGAAAGAAACAACCAUGUCGAUCACAUUGUCGUAAGUCUAUGAAAUGUUAACGUUGUGGUCACAUAAUUAGUUCCUAAGAUGUUUUUCUAUCGACAUAAUAGAAUGGUCAUGCCAAUUUGAUGACGUUAGAGCAGAAUAAUUAGUUCAGUUCAUGCGCAGAAAGUAGUAUUACAUGCUAUGGAGAAAAUCAAUGGCAGUGUUAUUGUGCCCAGUAUUUCUUGCGUGCUUUGUCUUAAACUGUGAGGACCCGUUCAUUGGCCUUCAAAAAUGAUGUGAUUCUAAAGGAGGAUGUUAUUUAAAUACAAACAGAUUGUUCUGCCCAAUAUUUUCUGUAUUUUAAGCUGUUGCCUGUAAAUGAUAAGGUCCCCCUCAGCAUUUAUAAAGCCAGGGGCAAAGCCUUGAAAUGUAUAAAUGCCCUACAUUGAAUUCAAUUUUUUGUCAGGAGGAAUAGUUUCUUAAAUUUUUGCACUCAAAAUUCCAUGUUGACCCCUCAGUACAGCAGUAAGCUUAAGUCCACCCUAAAGUAUUUUGUGCCCACAUCUGGUCUCUACGGUUAAUUCAAGAAUUCUACAUCAACAUCUCUGUUAGAUGUUGAGGUGAUUUUACAGCAUUAAAUGUCUUGUUCUUUAUUGCAUGGCAAACAAUAGUACUCACUGCAGUAUGAUCUAUGCUGUGAUUGGACCAAAUGUUUGAAACAUUUGUGACGCUCAUCUCUUGGCCAAAAAAAAAAGGAACAGUUUCAUUAGCAUGAGCAUGCUAUGAGCAUUGUAGUAACACAGGAGAGCUGUGAAUUAACAAAUGCUAAUGACAUUUUUUACUGGACUAUAGCAAUCAUCUCCCUCUGAAGCUAGACUGUUUCCAUCCCGCUUACAGGUGCCACGGCUAAACCAGAAGCUGUUCAUCAUGGCAUCACAGUCUCAUUAAUUCGUUUUCACAUUCAGGUUAUGCCAUUUCUGGAGCGAUUAGCCAGAGUCUGAGCCAGAAAUACAGCCUGCAAGACCCUUUAAAUACGCUUGAUAGUCUCCAGUGAUGUAUAAUACUCUUGGCACAAGGAAGUUUUGUUUUCAGAAAAGCACUUAAUCCUCUGUAAGUACUUAACUUCAAAUACGUAUCCACAAGAAUAUUUACCUUUUCCAUUCACAUCUAAACUGGUUUGAGACAUGCAGUCACUUGUCCAGGUGGAGUUGAUGUGUGUUGUGAUUUGCCUAUUAAUUGUCCCUACACUAAACUUUCCCCUUACUGGGCUUAUCGAGCAGGAUGUGGUGGUAAUAACUAUGUCAUUAAAGGAUUUCACAUUAUGACUGUAGGGUCAGUUUUACUCGAGUUUGAGAGUGUCAAAACUGGUGGCACACAAAUGUUAUAAUCUUGUAUGGAUAUGUAAAUCUUUCUGUAUUUCAAUUGUAAACCAUUAUUUGACACAAUCAGCUUGGUGAGUUAGAAUCAUCUUGCUUGACGGAAAUCCUAUCUAAUAUCAGGAAGAAGUUUUGAGCAGAUCUCUAAAAAUCUGAGGCAAAUCAGAUGAAGCCAAUUGGGUUUCAUCACAACUUCCUUUACAGCUGUUACAGAUGGACCUCCGUUCUCUCCGUCGGUCUCGAUAUCACCGCUAAACAGUGGAACUGCAACCCUCCAUUCACUGCCCACUAGCCUCCUAAUUCCUAAUAAAUAUUCUCUAGAACUCACUAGAAGAAAAAAAAAAACAUCUGCUAGAAAUUGAAUUAGAUAUUGCUCUAUUUGUCUAUUUUGUAUGAUUGUAACUGUAUUCAUGUCUGAAACAUUGUUGCUGGUUGUGUGUAACAUUUAACAAAAGAAACAUAAGUAUGUUGUCUUUUUUAUCUCUGACUUGUAUAGUGAUGCAUUUUUUCUCCAUAGAGUCACAAGCAGGAAGUCAAAUCACAUCAAAAAUGAAUGUAGUGAGGACACGUUACAGAUAGGACCACCUGAGGAUGUACUGUUGGCUCUCACAGUUAUAAUAAUAAUAAUAAUAAUAAUAAUUUAGGAUAACUCCCAAUGCCUGGUGUCCUGGUGACCUAAGGAGAGUACCACAGGCAUGCAUCUGUUAGAGGAUUUACUAAGCCAUUACAAAGUAUAGUAAUACUAACAAGGUGUUGCAAGGUAAUGCAAGGCAUUAUGUCACGCCGGCACGGUCAGGAAUGAACGGAGAAUUGAGGUAUAAAUGACAUGUACUUCGAUGUGAGGUCACAUUACAGUAGAUUUGAUUUCCAUUCUGUAUAUUAUGUUCUGCCAAAGGAUUUUUAGUACGUGUGAAUUAUCAGUCAGGGAAGUCUAGUUUGACUAUUUAUAUCAGAAAUAUGAAUUAAAUGACUAUGGAAUUUCAAAUAAACGAGACGAUACCUAUUUCAGUCGAGAGGUAUUUGCAUUUGCAUUGAAUGAUGUCUCAGUUGUACUGAAUAAAAUGAGAUGUUGGAGCAUUUUGAUCUUCAUGACUAUUAGCAGAAUGCCUCUGCAAUCAGCAAGAGCUUCCCAAAGAUUAUUUAGAAGUUGAAAGGUCACUACAAGUAUGGUGCUUGACAGCUAAGCCCACUAGGUGCAAAACCAUGUAUAAAUCUAUUGGUCCUGUUUUCGAUAUCGAAUGAUCACAACAGUAGGUUUGCAGAAUUGCAUGCUAAGGAAUGCAUCAAACAUAGGGACUGUGCAGGAAAAGAAUAUGGUAAUGCUUAUCCCAGGCCUUUAGGGUUUAUAACUGUAGACAAGUAUUAUGAGAAACACUCUCUGAACAAUAAAACCAUGACAACCCU